GCCUAACUCUUGGCGUUAUCACGCAUCUACUUGAUAAAAAUAGUAAAUAAACCGGAUUCCGGCGCUCCGAUAGGAAACGAUCCGUUGCUUGGCACCAGAAAUUCUCAACCUGGCCUUAUUUACUCUAUUAUCGAUCCUGUCCUUAUAUAAUGGUCGCAUGGUCCGAUCUCUGACUAGCAUUUCGUUUCCCACUUUAAAAACGAUGAUUCCCGGUAUCUACAAGCAUUCGCACUGUCGAAACAAUGUUUAUCCACGCAGCGAUGUUCGCCGAUAUCCUGUUCCGGACGAAGAGGUGUGCUGGUCCGUGUCCUACCCGGACUAUCAACCGUCGUUCUAUGAGGCAAGCGUUUUGAAUGGUAAAGAAUGGGCCGAUCCAGCUGUUGACCAUCCAAAUUUCAAGGCCAAAUGGAACCAGCCUGACGGAAGGGUGAAUCGAGUCAGUUUCAUCGGUGAAUACGAGAUUCGCGAUGGUUAUCCCUUAAAUCUAUUCGGUCGGACUGGGCUGCGUGGAAGGGGUUUACUGGGCCGUUGGGGUCCGAACCAUGCGGCUGAUCCGAUAGUGACCAAGUGGAAGAUUGACGAGCAAGGCCGACCGGUGGUGAAUGAAUCUUCCGGGUUGCGCAUCCUGCAGAUGUGUGCCAUCGAAAGGCACGAUUGCGGUGAGUGGGCAAUCCCCGGUGGGAUGGUUGAUCCCGGCGAACUUGUGAGUGCUACCCUGAAGCGUGAAUUUAUGGAGGAAGCUAUGAGCAGUUCGAAUGGGACGGAGGAGAUUGAAAGAUUUUUUACCGGCGGCAGGGAAAUCUACAAGGGGUACGUCGAUGACCCGAGGAAUACGGACAAUGCAUGGAUGGAGACGGUGGCCGUAAACUUUCACGACGACAACGGGUCGGUAGUUGGGCAGUUUAACCUGCAAGCUGGCGAUGAUGCGGCCAAGGUUCGGUGGAUGGAUGUAGGUGCGGACGUGAAACUGUACGCUAGCCACGCCUGGAUUGUUCGAAAAGUGGUUGAGGUGCUGAAUGCACAUUGGUAAGGUUUUCGGACAAAGGACAUGGUAUGACAGAUUGUUUUAUUGAGUAAAAUUAUAACAUGUAGCACAGUUUAAUUUGAUUUCUUAUGAGUUUCGUGGUUUUUCAUUUUUCUGAGAAAGUCUCGAAAUAUGCUUCAUAUCUGAUUUAGAGAAUGUUUCUUUCGCGGUAUUGCAUAAAACGAUUUAUAGAAACUAAAGAUAUAGGCGCAUUUCUUCUGCUAGUUCAAAUUAUUCCUCGUUAUUACUACAUCUGCUUAGUUUAUAUUGCGUAUUUAAAUGACAUAAAUAAACUAGAAUAUAACUUAA